UCGGUUCGAUUUGGUUUGGUUUGGUUUAGUACGAGCGUUUAUGGAUCACCCAUCUGAAACACUAAGGCACAAAUGUGCAGCUUGCUUCAGGCAGUUCAACAAGAUAGAGCACUUGGUAGAGCAUAUGAGACUCUCGUUUCACUCACUUCAUGAACCAACUUGCUCCCUUUGCCACAAACACUGCAGAUCCUUUGAAUCUCUCAGAGAACAUCUCAUUGGGCCUCUGCCGAAGCAAGAAUGCAACAACAUAUUCGGCACGAGAGGAUGCAAAAUCUGCUUAGCCAUCUUUGAGAGUCCUCACACCUUGAGGCUUCACCAAGAAAGAUGUCAACUUCGAUCUCCAAAUUCCAGUCAAACCAUGGCCCGUUUUCGCAACAUGGGAAUUUAUGACAAAUUGACGAGCGACAACGGCCGCAUGAGGCGCCAUGAAGCAGUGGCAUUAGCUUGCAGAAUGGUGGGCGGUGGCAGCGAUGGGUCGUUAGAUAUAUGCGCAAGGGUCUGCCUGAUUGACGAAAACGAAACCAUCAUUUUCUCUACUUAUGUCAACCCAACGCUCCCCAUCACAAACUAUAGGUUGGAGUCCACGGGCGUUGGUCCAGAAUACAUGAGGGAUCAUGCAAUGCCAUUGAAGCAAGUUGGGAAGAAAAUUGAAGACAUCCUGUGCAAUGGUGAGCCGAUGUGGAAGAUUCGACCUGGGGUGGGAGGGAAAGCAAGGAUUCUUGUGGGUCAUGGCUUGGGAGAUCACCUCAAAAGCUUGCAAAUUGAGUAUCCACCAUUCAUGAUAAGGGACACUGCCUACUAUCCACCAUUGAUGAAAACAAGCAAGCUCACCAAUUCUCUCCACUAUCUAACACAAGCAUAUCUUGGAUACGAUAUUCAAAACGAAAACAAAGAUCCUUACGAGGAUUGUGUAGCGACCAUGAGGUUGUACAUGAGAAUGAGAUCCCAAGUUCACAAGAUAGAGGAGUAUCCAUUGGCUUCUGACCCACAAAACAAGAACAAUUUUGCAAUUUGGAAGCAAUUUGAGCUUGAAAGGAUGAGCCCAGAACAGAUGUUGGAAGUCUCAAGAUCUGAUUAUUAUUGCUGGUGCUUGGACUCCAAGCUUAAUUAGACCUUAAUUAAACAUUAUAGUUCAUAAAUCAUAUGAUAAGUUUGUAAUAAAUAUGGAGAAGAAUGUGUUUAUGCAUUGCAAAUUUAAAUAAAACUCUCAAAAUUAUGGUCAAAAGCUAUUUCGUUCCAGCUCUAAAACAGCAAACAUCACAACAA